ACAUUCCAGGCAGUGAGAGGGAGCGCAUUGGGCUGGGGCGGAGCGUAGGUUUGUGGGAGGCGAAGCUCACUGCUUUUGGGACAGCGGAAGGGAAGUACAGGACGCAGUCUGCCCGGUUUAAGUUGACGAUCCGUGACUGUUUAUCAAAAUGGAUCAUAACGACUCGGUUUUCUUCAUGGGCCCGAGCGGUCCUGCCAGUAACCUGCUGCUGGACCAGCUGCCCAGCUACCAGUCCCUGCUGUACCGCCGGAAGUCAUCCGUCUCCGGCAGCUCGAGAAGGCGGAACAGCCAGCGCACGCGAUUAGGCUCAUCUUCCAGCUGGAAACUUAAAGGAGAGAGAAUGGAAGAGAGGCCCAAGGUGGCACCACUGCAGAGACCUGCCCGCGAACUGCCGCUCUCCAUGGUGGAGAAACGCAGGCACAAGGAGCGGCACAUGGAGAAGGAGAAGGAGCUGGUUGGCUGGGAGCAGUGGUGGCAGGGGACUCGGCACUCUCUCAAGAGGCUGAGGGAGGAAGCUGGGCAUCUGCUGAUGGCCCUUCAGCUCUGGAGGACCGACAUCCACGUGAUAGAGGGGAUGUUCGGCACGGGGAUCCGCUCUUACUUCUCCUUCCUGCGGUUUCUGGUCCUGCUCAACUUUGUCAUUUUCCUGUUGAUUUUUGGCUUCGUCAUGCUGCCCAUAAUCGCCGUGCCCCACGCCUCGGGAAACAUCACCUCCAACCUGGGCGAUGGACUGACAUGUAGCGAUUAUCCCAGCACCUCCAGGCAGGGCCUGGUUGUGUUUCACCAGUACAUCUCAGACCUCCUGUCUGGCACAGGGUUCUUGGAAGAAACAUACCUGUUUUAUGGGUACUACAAGGUGGACGGCAUUAAUUACCCUAAAUUCACUUACAACCUUCCUCUGGCCUACAUCCUUAUCACCGUGGCUUACCUGUUUCUGAGCCUCAUAUGGAUUGUAAAAAGAUCUGCAGCUGGCUUUAAGCAAAACCUCAUCCAGGAUGAAGAACUCUUCCAGAGCUUCUGCAACAAGAUCUUCGCGGGCUGGGACUUCUGCAUCACCAACGCGAACGCAGCCAGGUUAAAGAGGAGCAGCCUGAGCUAUGAGCUAAAGACGGACCUGGAGGAGGAGAGGAUAAAGCAGAAGAUAGCGGGGCGCACGCGCAAGGAGAAGUGCCGGAUCUACACAAUACGGUUGGCCCUCAACAUGUUUGUGGUGUCCGUGCUGGCUGCCUGCUUCUACAGCAUCUACAGGGCCACCAUCUACUCCCAGGAAUCCCAGAUGAAAAGCCAAAUCUUCAUACUGGAAUUGCUCUCUGAGUACCUCCCCUCCAUCGUGAUCACCCUGGCCAACUUCAUCACUCCGCUCAUCUUCUCGAUCAUCAUCCAGUAUGAGGACUACUCCCCUGCCUUUGAGAUCCGCUUCACGCUCAUAAGGUGCGUGUUCAUGCGUCUGGCCAGUAUUGGAGUGCUGCUCUUCUCCCUCUGGUCCCAGAUAACCUGUAAGGACAGCAGCUGUCCCUGUGGGUACAACCACGAGCUCUAUCCAUGCUGGGAGUCUCGCGUAGGGCAGGAGAUGUACAAGCUCAUGAUAUUCGAUUUCCUCAUCAUCGGCGCCGUCACUCUCUUUGUGGAGUUCCCCAGGAAGCUCAUUGUCACUCACUGUGAAUACGGCCUGGUCAAGUGGUGGGGGCAGCAGGAGUUCGCCAUUCCCCAGAAUGUUCUGGAGAUGGUCUAUGGGCAGACCAUCUGCUGGAUUGGCACCUUCUACUGCCCUCUGCUGCCCGCCAUCAGCACCAUCAAGUACUUCAUCAUUUUCUACAUCAAGAAGCUGACCUUAAUACACAACUGCCGGCCAGCUACCCGCCCCUUCCGCGCCUCCAGCUCUAACUUCUUCUUCCUGGGGGUGCUGCUGAUCGGCCUCGCCAUGGCCUCCGUCCCCAUUAUCGCCAGCAUCGCACAGAUCAGCUGCUCGCAGGCAUGUGGGCCCUUUGUCGGCUACAAGACCUCCUGGGAGGUGGUACCCCGUAGCGUAAUGCAGCUGCCCAAUGGAAUAAAUGGCAUAUUGAAUAGCCUCGCCUCGGAGGCCUUUGCGGUGUGCUUCUUCGUCAUUACCUGCAUGGGCAUGUUUUAUGUCAUCGCGCUGGCAGGAGCUCACAAGCGUGUGGUGCACCAGCUCCGGGAGCAGCUCGCCAUGGAGGCUCGGGACAAGCGCUUCCUGAUCGAGAAGCUACUGCAGGCACAGAGAUCAGUGGCAAGGUCCCGAGGGGGGACGUCUUCGAGCAGCUCGGGUCUACACGGCCCUCAGAGCAGCUCCUCCCAGGGGCUCUGCCUCGUCGAGCCACCCGUCUCUGCGACCAACGUGUAAACUCGAUGGGGGGGGG